AACAAGAAACAAAAGAGUAGGCUGUAAACAGAAAAAUCGAGAACAUUGAUUUGUCACUGUAGUGUCGUGUUGUGUCAAGUUGUGUGCAGUGCUGGAACAGGUGCGAAUGGGGCAUGAUGGGAGUGUCACGUGCUUGGCUCGGCCAAUCAACGAGCAACAGCCCACAGCGAUUACGCAUGUAUGCAUGUGUGUCAACAAAGCAGAAAGCAGAGGCAGAGAGCACGGGAGAUUGUGCCGUGGCUGCGGUGAAGUCUAAACUUGUGUGACAUUUACUGUCUUUUGCCUAUUGUCUGCAAGUCACUGUUGUUCCGUUACGAAAGAGUUAUGAACUCGUAUCCGAUUGGGGUGUCAGAACUACUGCGAGCUCCACCACCUCCACCACCUCCUUCAAUGCCACCUGAUUCAUCCAUCACUGAUCAUGCUCAAACUGAGAAAGUUACAAAUCACAACACACUCUCUUCAAACCAUUCGCAAACUGUUGCACCAUCACAUACGACCCCUUUGAAUUUUCCAAACAAUCCGCCAAUCAUGAUGAUUCCACCAAGCCAUUUAAGUUUGCCACCGCCACCUCCUCCUCCACCACCAGAAGUGACAAAUAAUCCGUCGGCACAUCAUGGCAUGCACUACCCCAACAAUGGCACUGCUCCAUUUGCCCCUGUCAUGAGGUAUAGUAAUCAGAAACCUCAAAAACACCAUCCAUACAGAAGCCGACCUCCACCACCACUGUGGUCCUCCCAAAGAAAUGCUCCUGGAGGCCUUCAGGGACCGUGGCUAACACCAAGUACUGAGCGACCUGUUGGAGUGUUUGAACAGCUUCACCCACCAGGCGUUCCCGGUGAAAACUUCAUUGGUGGGGACCAACCUGAUGAGACUAAUUUAGGAGCACCUGCAGAGUGUAGCACUGGAUUAGAAACAACAAACAAUUCCGCUGGCCCUAAAUUUUCACAUGCACCAACAACCUAUAAGGAUCACAAAGUCAACCCAAAGGAUCCAAAAUUGCCUCGGGAAUUGACAGACAUGUUUGAAGCAUUGCAUUGCAAGCUUUGUGAAGUGCUGUCUAGCUCAACUGUACAAGCAAAACAUCACUAUUCAGGGAAGCCCCACGAGAAGAAAGUUCGUCUCUGGCUUCAAAAGUGGAGUGAAGAGACUGGACAACCUUUGCCAAAGAGACCUAAAGUGGAAACUACCUCAGUUGAUGUUAAUCCUGAGGACCUAUACUGUAGAAUUUGUGAUGUUGCAUUCACAUCAGUCAAGCAUGGGGAACAGCAUAAAAUGGGAAAACCUCAUCAAAAAGCUUUAAAACUAGGAUACAGCACAGCCAAAUCGUUUGUAUUAAUUGGCUCUUAUGUCAGACCUAAACUUUAUCAGUGCACAGCCUGGAUGGAACUACAACAUAGACAUUCAUAAAAAAUUUAAAGCUAUGAAUUUAUUGGUGUUACAGAAAGAAAAAAGUGGAGAUUCCUAUUGAUCCAACUGGUCGUUUUGCAAUAGGGGAAGCAUUCCUUAAAGAUGCGUCUGGUAAACAGACUGAAUCUACUGCUGAGGUGGAAAUAAGUGCAGAUGUUCCCUUGCUGUCUUC